AAACAAAGCUAAAUGCCAUAACCGAAAACCUUAAAGUAAAAGUCAAUAAAGAUGGCGGCAGCAGCUGUUGAUGACUCUGCGCCAAACGAGUCUGGAAGUCAACAAGAAGUAUUGUUACAAUUUCAGGAAAUCGUUCCAACUUAUGAUGAACAGCAAAGCCAACAAAUUCUAGAAAAGCAUCAAUGGAAUUUGGAGGCUGCUGUUCAAAGUGCAUUCAACGAGCAUGAGGGACUACCAUCAGCGUAUGAUGACAUAGAACACCAUGACAAUCCACUGGAUAGGCCAGAAUCGUCAUCAUCAUCACAUCCAACUUAUUCUCCUGGUCGUUCAGCAGUAGAUGUUCACAGACAGAAUACUUGGUUGAAUUGGCUAGGAAGCAUUGCAUUCUUUCCACUUCGAGUUGCGCAUGUUGGAUACUGUUUUUGUUAUCAUUGUUUUACUGAAUUUUUAUUUUUUGUAGUGAGAAUAAUAUGGCCAAAUUUUGGCAGAGCUCUAACUAAACCUGUAGACGAUGUUAUCAAAUUUAAAGAAGAAUAUGAAGAGUUGUAUGGAAAAACUCAUCCAACUUUUUAUUUAGGAAGUUAUAGUCAGGUAUUAAACGAUGCCAAAAAAGAAUUAAAAUUUUUAAUGGUAUAUUUACAUAGUAAAGAUCAUCAAAGUACUCCUGAAUUUUGUAGAACAGUGUUAUCAAACCCUGGGUUUAGAGAAUAUAUCAAUGGUAACAUGCUGUUUUGGGCGUGUGAUGUUAAUUCUAAUGAAGGACAUAGAGUUUCAAGAGCAAUGCGUGAGAGAACGUAUCCAUUUCUUGCUAUUGUGUGUUUGCGUGAUAAUAGGAUGACGGUGGUGUGGAGAAUUGAAGGUGUUUUGGGUGUGGACGAAAUAAUAGCUGUUUGCGCUCAAGCCAUAGAUGAAAACGAGGCUUCUUUAGUGGCUGCAAGAGCUGAGAGGAGGGAAAGGUCGAUCACGCAAGAGCUUCGAAGCGAACAAGAUGCUGCAUAUUUGGAAUCAUUAGCCAGAGAUAAACAGAAAGAAGAAGAAAAGAAAAGAUUGUUAGAAGAAGCGAGAAAAGAAGAAGAGUUACUGCGUCAGAAGGAGAAUGAAAAACUUCAAAAAAUACAAGAUUUAGCUAUGAGAAGAGAAAAAUGUAGAGACCACUUCGCUUUAUUAGAAGAACCAACUAGUAGUGAGGAUGGUGCUUUGCAAAUUCGAAUUAAAUUACCGAACGGUCGCCAGCUUCAACGAUAUUUUCUAAAGACAAACCAAUUGCAGCUUCUGUAUGAUUUCGUACUGUCGCAUGAUGAUGCACCUGCAGAAUUUCUUCUGAAUACUAAUUUUCCACGAAAAACAUUUGACAUUAGAGAUCACGAAAGCAAAACGUUACAAGAUGUCGGCAUCGCUUCUUCAUCCGCCAUGUUUGUUCAAAGUUUGUUAGACGAGAGUUCAGAUGAAGAUGAAUAAAUUAUUGCAUGAAUGC